AUGGUCGAGUUGCUUCAACGUGUUGGUAUCAGAGAUUUCGACGUCAAACAAUAUUUUGAUGCCCACAAGCGUAACUACAGUGCGUUACCGAAUGUUGCUAUCGCAUUUUCAGGUGGAGGCUAUCGGGCUAUGCUCAACGGAGCUGGUGUUCUGGCUGCGUUUGAUAGUCGUACUUCGAACUCUACAAAUGCAGGACAUCUUGGUGGGCUGUUACAAUCUUCAACGUAUAUAUCAGCACUAUCUGGUGGAGGCUGGUUAAUAGGAAGUAUUUUUGCCAAUAACUUCACUUCUGUAGAGGCAAUCACAAGAGAAGGCGAAAACACACCUCUCUGGCAGCUCCAGAAUUCUUUGCUAGAAGGACCUCCGACACGCGGUAUCCAGGCCUUCUCGACCGCCCAAUACUUCGCAAAUAUCGUGAGCGUAGUAAAACAGAAGUCCAGAGCAUUGAAUGGCAUCUUCAGCACCUCCAUUACUGACCUGUACGGUCGGGCUCUCUCUUUCCAACUUCUCAAUGCUACUCAAGGAGGCUCGGCAUACACAUUUUCAUCCAUCCAAAACGACAAAGACUUUUCCUCCGGCAAAGCACCAAUGCCUAUCAUCGUGGCGGAUGAACGUUCACCAGGGGACCUGAUCGUCUCGCUAAACUCAACUGUUUUUGAAUUCAAUCCCUUCGAGAUGGGGUCUUUUGAUCCAACAACAUACGGCUUCGCCCCUUUAAAGUAUAUUGGCUCCAAGUUCGAUGGUGGAAAGCUGUCGCAUGACGAGAAUUGUGUAACCGGGUUCGACAAUCUUGGAUUUGUGCUCGGCACCAGCGCCUCGUUGUUUAAUCAAUUCUUUUUAAGGCUGGAGAAAAACAAAAACAUUCCUGGUCUCCUCAAAACGCUGGUCUCUAAGAUUUUAGAAAGAAUUGGAGAAGCGGGAAACGACAUCGCCGAUUAUUCACCCAACCCUUUCUUCAACUACCACAACAAGACGAAUCCGAGCGGAGGCAACUAUUCCCUUACACUUGUUGAUGGCGGUGAAGAUGGCCAAAAUAUUCCUCUCCAUCCACUCAUACAGCCAGUACGCAAUGUCGAUGUCGUCUUUGCUGUCGACUCUACAUCCAAUUCAGAGACCCAGAAAUGGCCGAGCGGUAAGGCACUUGUGUCCACCUAUCUACGCACUGGUUCCAGUAUCAUGAAUCAGACCUCGUUCCCAUACAUCCCCGGCCAAGACACCUUUGUUGCUCUAGGGAUGAACAAUCGCCCGACAUUUUUUGGAUGUAACAGUACGAACGUUACUAACGGCAAUAAUGUCCCACCUAUUAUUGUAUAUCUUCCAAACUCUCCUUACAACUUCUUUUCUAACACCUCGACCUUUGGAAAACUGUCAUUUAGUAUCGAAGACCGUGACAGGAUGAUUCAGAACGGAUACAACAUGGCUACUCAGGGGAAUGCCACACGCGACGGUGCUUCAAGCUGGCCUACUUGUGUUGGAUGCGUUAUACUCUCUAGAAGUCUAGAACGUAAUAAACACCAGGUUCCUGAAGUAUGUCAGGGUUGCUUUACGCAAUACUGCUGGAACGGCACGGUAGUUAGAAAAGCGCCACCGUACAACCCUUCACUAUAUCUUACCUCUGUCAACAAAGAUUCUAGUAGUAGUAGUUCUAACACAGUCAUACCUAGUAGAAUUCUCUUUAGUCUUCUUAUUUUACUCACUUUUGUAUAUUAG